AUGGCACACUCGGCAUUCAAGCUGCCUUUACAUUUGGUGCGGGCUGAGGUUCCUACUUGCAACAUUGGCAAAAAUUCAGAGGGAGCUGAAGUUCUUAGACAGUGCUGUCUCAUUGUAUGGGACGAAAGCACAAUGGCCAAUAAGGGUGCCCUUGAGGCACUUGACCGGUCACUGAAAUGUAUCAGGGAUUCUACUGCUUCUAUGGGUGGUGUAACUCUAUUGCUUUCAGGAGAUUUCUGGCAAACCUUUCCUGUCAUCCCUAAAGGGAGCCAGGUUGAUGAAGUGCACGCAUGCCUUAAGUCAUCCACAUUGUGGCCCCAGGUUAAGACCUUAAGCCUAAGCACAAACAUGCGUGCACACUUGCUUGGUUAUAGCACGUCUGCAGCAUUUGCUGAAGACAUUUUAGCCCUUGGAGAAGGCAAGGUCCCUAGGAAUGAUAGGGGUGACAUAUCCAUCUCUGAACUGUGCAACACUGUGGACAACCCUUCCGAUCUUUUGGAAACAGUGUUUCCCAAUCUGGAAAGUAGUUAUGCUGACAUCAAUUGGCUCAGUGAAACAACCAUCCUGGCCACCCAAAACGUAACUCAGUGCUAUCGACGACCAGCUCAUAAGCCGAAUUCUGGGUGA